UUUCAAUGUGGAAAUAAAAAGAUGGAAAGAAAAGACAAGUGACAUGACAUAUUGACAUGUGGAGGAAUGGAAGUCAGUGGCACAGAGGCAAUGUUGCAUACGUAGGCACAGAGGCAACAAGACAAGCAACCAAACCGAACCCCACUACUUCUUCCCUUCUUCCUCUCUCGAUCGUCUUCCUCUCUACCGCAUCAUCAUCGUCGUCGUCGUCGUCGUUCGGUUCCACUCCCAUAUAUAGCUCAUCCAUCCAUGGCGCGGUCACACCGACAGCAGCACUGAUCGACCUGGACGACGAUCGAUCAUCUCCUCGCCGCCGACGUACCGUACCGUACCGUACGUGGGCAUGGCGAAAACCCUGCUGCUCCUGCUGGUAUGUGGGACGAUCGCGGCCCGGGCACACGCGCAGCCGGCGGCGGAGGAGACUCCGCCGGGGGCGGGCGUGAGGGUGUCGUUCCGGCCGAGCGUGGCCAUCGUGGUGGGCAUCUUCACCAUGAUCUUCUCCCUCACCUUCCUCCUCCUCAUGUACGCCAAGUUCUGCCACCCCGCCAACACCCCCCUCCUGCCGGCGACCACCACCGCCAGCCCGUCCCGCGCGCCUGCAACGGCAGAGGCCGCGGAGGCGGAGGCGAGCGGCGGCGUGGGCAAGGCGGUGAUCGAGUCGCUGCCCUUCUUCCGGUUCGCUGCGCUUCGAGGGGCGCGGCAGGGGCUGGAGUGCGCGGUGUGCCUGGCCCGGUUCGACGACGCCGACCUGCUCCGCCUGCUCCCGCGCUGCCGCCACGCCUUCCACCUCGACUGCGUCGACCGCUGGCUGCACUCCAGCGCCAGCUGCCCGCUGUGCCGCGCCCGCGUCCACCCCGACGACGCCGACCUCGGACUCAAGUACGCCGCCGCCAGCGCGCGCUUCGUCUUCGGCGCAGGCGACGACGCACCCGCCGCGCCGUCGUCGUCGGGGCGCGACCUCCUCGCCGGCAUCUUCGUGGAGCGCGUGCCGUCGGCGCGCUUCUUGGGUGAUGAUGAUUCUUGUUGUAAGAGUAAUGUGGAGCUGGACCGGCACCGGCACCGCAUCGUGGUGUCGGACAGCGUGUUCAAGAGCCGGUGGAGCGACCUCAACUCGGCGGACCUCAUCGCGCUCGACACCGAGAUGCUGCGCUCCAUCUCCACCGGCCGCUUCCCUUAUCCCGACGACGACAUCAUAUUCGUUGGAGAGGAGCCGCCGGAGGAGCGCGGCAUCCGAGACAACGAUCAUGACGGCGGUGACAUUGAGAUUGAGAUUGAGAUUGAGAGGAAGCGGCUGCUGCAAGUGCAAGAGCAAGUGGAGGGGCCUUGGUCGUCGUCGAGGCAGCUGGUGUCGUCGGGCGUGCGGUCCAUGUCGGAGAUCGUGAGACUGCCGAGGGUAGCAGCGACGGAGGAGGAGGAGAGGGCGAGGCAGCGGUGGGUGCCCAUCGCACGGCGGACGGCGCGGUGGUUCGCCGCCAGGAGCAAAGAGGAGGACGUCAACGCCGCCGACCGUCUCCGUCUCCGUCUGUAAUGUAAUGUAGGAGUAUAUUUAUAUGUAAUUAUAAACAAAAACAAAAAAGAGAGGAAGAAAGAUUAAUGCUAGUGAUGGCAACC